AUGCGAAUCCUUUGCCUCCUCUGUCGCAACUACGUGGAGCACGUGUUCACCAGCUCCACCCUCAGUCGAGAGGCCCUCUGUCAGUUGGCUCUCCUGCUGGGUCCGCGAGGCAUGCAACACAGUCUGCCGCCACGCCUCCUCACUGCCAAAUUCAGUAAACAUCGGCGGAAGAAGGGCUGGAACAAGAUUUGCCGCAAACGCUUUGAGAACAUCAAGACUGUCGACGUGAGCAGUCUGGCCUCGACGGAUACCCUGGCUGUGGGGACUACCAGCGCU